GCCUGCUUUCCCAAGUGGAAGGCUGCCUUCAUCCCUCACUAAUGGUAGAGUAGGAUCAGCAGUGCUCAGGCCUGCAAGCUUGCCAGGCGCUAGGAACCCAAGCAAGAACUCAGCAUGUCAAUCAGGCCUGUUGGGUGGAUAUUUGGGCAGAUGUUGAAGAACUUUUCUGGAAGAAUCGAGGGGAUCCAGAAAGCAAUCUUGGACCUUGUAGAUGAGUUUAAAGAUGAAUUCCCUACCCUCCUGAGAGUAUCACAGUCUAAUCAGCAAAGAGAACCCAUACAAAAAACAUCCAAAAUCAGAAUGGCUGUCGCUUUAGCCAAGAUCAACCGAGGAACAUUAAUUCAAGGACUAAACAGCAUAUCCAGAUCCUCCAGAUCAGUUGCCAAACUCCUGCAGCCUCAGCUUGCUUGCAGACUUUUAGAGUUAAGGGACAUAGCUCAUCAUCUACUGAAGGAAGUUAAUGCACCAAAGCAGCCCCUAUAUAACAUGCAGGUCAGAAAGGGUUCUUUGUUUGAAAUCAUUUCUUUCCCAGCAAAGACUGCUUUAACUAGCAUAAUAUAUGCUUCAUAUGCAGCACUGAUUUAUUUGACAGUCUGUGUUAAUGCUGUGCUGGAGAAGGUAAAGAAAAUUCUCCAAGAAGAAGAAUCCAUAAGGCAAAACAGGGAGGAGAGUGAAAAUCUUAGAAAAGCCUUUUCUGAGCCUGUGCUUUCUGAGCCUCUGUUUCCUGAAGGUGAAAUCAAAGCAAAACCUUAUAGGUCUUUACCGGAGAAGCCAGACAGUAUUUCAGAUCACCCCAAACUUCCUGCUAAUAAGUUGAGUAAUAAGAUUCAGGUUUUACAUUCUGUGUUUGACCAAUCAACUGAAAUGAAUCACUGAGCAAAUCUAAAGAUAAGUAUCACUGGACAGAGCUUAAGAGUUAUCUACCUAAUGAUAUUUCAUCUGAAAAAAAUAGGAAACUAGUUUUCAUAAACUGACUGCUCUGCUCUAAAAAAAGUACGGGGACUACAGCUAAAAUGUCAUUUUCAAGAAUUUAUAUGGUAGAGAAAAUAAAAUGAAUC